GUUCAGUGAGAGCAGGGGAAGGCAGCUGAACCUCACACACGAGAGCACGCUCUGCAGCAGAGAAUCAACCAGCGAUAUGGUCAGAGGAUCAACCGUCAGUGGCUUGGGAAAUCCUCACCUAACCACCAGUUGAGGAUGUUAAAAUGCCAGUCCACGGGCUCACUCCCAUCCUGCUCUGCCUGGUCCCCAUGUGGAGGAUCCUGGUCUCAAGUCAUCCACAUGCCAGUGUCAGCCAAUGUCAGCUGAUACAAAGAGGAGCUCUCUGCAACGAUGGCAACCUCUCGUCUGUUCCUGCAGGACUUCCAGAGAACCUGGAGGAGCUUCAGCUCAACUACAACCACAUUAAAACACUACAGGACGCCUCUCUGCUCCGCUACCCCUCAUUAAUCAGCCUCAGCCUGGCUCGGAACAGCUUGGAGAAAUUAGAAACAAACACUUUUCAAGGCACGAAAUUGUUACAAAACCUCAAUUUAGCAAAUAACAAACUUCAUAUUGGCUACCAUGAAACCAGCCACGCAUUAAGGACUCUGCCCCGGCUCCGAGCUCUGGAUCUCUCUCAGAAUGAGCUCGAUGAUGAAAUGACAGCCACUCUUCUCCAAAACCUGACGUCCCUGGAGUACCUCAAUCUGUCCGGAAACCUCCUGCAGAGACUGGAUGAGACCUCGUUCAGAGAUCUUUACCAACUCAAAGAACUCGACCUGCAGAGAAACGUAAUGUACGAGCUCGAUGGCGCCUUCGACGGCAAUCCCAAGCUCCAGAGACUCAACUUGGCCUUCAACUACCUGCCUUGCCUGACAGACUUCCACAUGACCCAGCUGAUGGUCCUCAAUGUGAGCCACAACUUCAUCGAGUGGUUCAUCUCCAGACAAGAUCUGAACGACACUUUCCUGCUGGAGACUCUUGAUCUAUCGGACAACAGACUGCUCUUCUUUCCUUUCCUGCCGAGCCACAGCCAUGUGAGGAACCUUUACCUGGACCACAACAACAUUAGGUUUUAUGAACACUUGGCAGACAAAAACACACAACCGAACUCGACCAAGACCGUCGAGUUCUACAAUUUGAAGAAGUACACGGGCAACGUGACGGCUCAGCUCUGGGACGAGGAUCUCCACGGUGACGUCUCCUCUCUGGAGAUUCUGGAUCUGAGAGUAAACCAGGUGGAGUAUUUUCCUCAAGGAUUCAUCCAGAAAAUGCAGACUCUGUCUAGACUUCGAAUGUGCACAAACUGUCUAGAAACCUUGAAUCUAACGUCCGAACAGUUCUCUGGCAGCUUGUAUGAGUUGGACGUUAGCAACAACAGGUUGAACCAGAUCGUAGCGGAUGGAGCUACGCUACAUACUCUCGGCAAUCUGACAUACCUUAACCUGAGCCUGAACAAUAUUGAGGAGUUACCCUCAGCAUUAUUUUCCUCAUUGCCAAGCCUCAGGUCAGUGGAUCUCAGUUAUAACAGCAUUGACAUAUGCCUUCCUGAGGAAGCUGAGAGCAGAACAGACAAUAGCUCAGCGUGUGCAGAAUGGGAAAACAUUGCAUCCCUGCGGCAGCUUUACCUUCAGGGCUGCAACCUAAAAACAAUACCAUCAUCUGCUUUUGCUGGGUUGUUUCUAACGCAUUUGGAACUGUCUGACAAUCCUGGACUCGUUGUCCAACAAUCAAUACAAAGUCUCAGCAGAACAUUACAGCAUCUAGGUUUAGCAAACACUCACAUAGAAGAUGUGGACUUGUCCCAUUUCCAAAGUCUAAAGUCUUUAAACAUUUCAAGGAACUCUCUUGUGCAGAUUCCCUCUUCACUUCUAAAUCUGGACCUGAAAGUGCUGGAUUUGAGGGACAACAGGUUGUCCACUAUCCCCUCAGGUCAUGCUAAUGCAUUAGCCCCCAAACUGCACACUGUUUUCCUCACAGGAAACCCGUUCGACUGCUGCCAAACGGAGUGGUUCAGGACAUUUGAAACAACAAAGACAAUCAAUAUGGUGGGACAAUCAGACAUUGAAUGUGAGGAUGUGUUCCAAGUGAGCCACAGAGUGGAGCACUCCCAGUCCUUUCUGUGCUUAGACACACGUGGGGAAUCUAUAUUCUGGUAUAUUCUGCUUUUUGUACCAAUCUGUCUGUCUUUUGUGGGGAUUUCGAUUAUUGUUCUGCUCACCUUCAAGCCGAAAAUGCUACAAAAGUCGAUCAAAAAGAAUUGUUUGAAGCCUACAUCUUACUGAUACUUUAUAAACCCAAAGCAAAACCAUAUUUGUAAAAUAUAUUUUUGAGAAAUGUAACUGAAUGUAUGAUGUAAAUAAACUCAUAUGACUGU